AUGAUGGUUUCAACCACACCAUACUUUGGCCCCAACAUGCCCCAACAUGUCCCCAACAUCGAUUCCCAAAGCUUUUUCACUGGACUCCUUCCCCACCUCCCACCAUUUUUGUGUUCGACCCAACCCACGGGCGUUUUCAAAAAGAAACACAUCCGAGUUCCUCCCCCCACGUGGGCGCUUUCUCCAUGUCGUGGCAUGCUUUCAGCCUCACCGUGCCGAGGCUUCCCCACGGUGCGGUUCCAUCCCUACAACUCGGAGGACUUCGAGGACUUCACCGCUCAACGCACCGCCAAGAACUUGUUGAACUUUGUGGAAGACCGGGCGCAAGCCCCCGAUGGGGCGGAUGCAGCAGUUCCGCCGGCCGCACCAGCGGAAGUGCCAGCGCCUGUGGUGGCAGCCAAGGCGCCGUCUGAGGUGAAGCACACGGAUGCGACUCAUGAAAGUCAUGAGAAGCACGCGCCUCAGGAGCCGCAUGAGUCGCAUGAGGCUGACAGAGUCCCGGCCGAGUCCGAGUCCAUCAAGAAGCCCACGAGUCCGUCGAUGAAGGGUGAGGUCGCCAAAGUGGCUGCGCAGGUCGAUGAUCUGAAAGGACCUGAGCAGGCCAUGCUGCCCUUGCCAGCGCCCUUUGCACCUCCCGUCCAAUGCAGACGUUUGAAGGACUUCCUUUGA